AUUACGCUAUCGUUUUCACAAAUUUACAAAAAAAAAAAAGGAAGAAGUUGUUACGUUAAAUUCAACGUUAUCAUAUAAAGGAAAAAAGGAAAAAAUUAGCUGGUAAUGAAGUAAACAGUGUUGCGAUUAUUAAGAUUAAGUUAAGUUAAAGUAUUAUAAAACGUGAUAUAAAACAUAACUUAUAUCAUAUGAUGCAAGUGUUCUAGUACAGAGUGCAAUAGGGGUCAUUUGAUAUUAUAUUAUCUCUCGAAUGACGUUGACACUUAUUUAGGUUAGAUUUAAAAGGAGAGAUUAAAGAUACCACAUGAGAUAUUACACGUCAACAUUUGAGAUUUAUUAUUGUAUACAUUGAUCAUUGGAAACGAAAGAAUAUGAAUAUUUAUUCUUUAUUGACACCUAUAAUAUCAAUAAUGAUAAUGACAUUGAUAUUAAUUGUCUGUACACUUGUAUGUAUUUUACUUAUAUUACCAAUAUUAAUAAUAUACUGGAGAAGAAUAUAUACAAGAGAGCGUACAAAUAGGAAACAAAAAGGAACUGUCGUUGCAUUUUUCCAUCCGUACUGUAAUGCAGGUGGUGGAGGUGAAAGAGUACUUUGGGCGACUAUUAAAGCUGUACAGUCUAAAUAUCCAAAUAUACAUAUAGUUGUUUAUACCGGUGACUUGGAUGCAGACCCUGAACAGAUUUUAAAUAGAUCACAAAAAUCGUUUAAUAUUAAAAUUCAAUCGAACAUUGAGUUCGUGUAUCUUCAUAAACGUAAAUGGGUAGAAGCACGCAUGUAUCCUUACUUCACACUUUUGUGUCAAAGUUUAGGUUCCAUUUGGUUAGGUAUCGAAGCCUUAAAUAAUUUAGUACCAGAUAUUUAUAUUGAUACAAUGGGCUAUGCUUUUACAUAUCCACUAUUUAGAUAUAUAGGAGGUUGCAAAGUUGGAUCAUACACUCACUAUCCUACAAUUUCGACUGAUAUGUUGAGACAUGUUUACAGACGUGUAAUAUCACAUAAUAAUCGUCGUAUAAUAGCAAGAAAUCCGUUUUUAUCUGCUGCAAAAAUUGCUUAUUAUAGAUUAUUUGCAUUGUUAUAUGGAUUUGCUGGUAGUACAGCAGAGAUUAUAAUGGUGAAUUCUUCCUGGACGGAGGAACAUAUUAAUAGUAUUUGGAAAUGUCCUUUGCGAACGCACAGAAUCUAUCCACCGACGGAUGUACAACAUUUAACAUCUCUUCCAUUUUAUGACGAUACUAGAGAAGAUGAUCAAAUACGAAUAGUGUCUAUUGCGCAAUUUAGACCAGAAAAAAAUCAUCCUCUAAUGUUGAGAACUAUGUACGAAUUGAGGUCAAUAGUUAAAGAAGAAAUAUGGGAUAAAAUACGUUUGGUGUUUAUUGGGUCUUGCAGAGACGCGGAAGAUGAAGUACGUGUUAAAGACAUGCAAGACUUGUCUAAACAUUUUGCUUUGGAUGAAAAUGUUGAAUUUAAAUUGAAUAUACCCUAUUCUGAACUCGUAUUGGAAUUACAAAAAGCAUCGAUAGGACUGCAUGCAAUGUGGAAUGAACAUUUUGGUAUCAGUGUAGUAGAAUGCAUGGCUGCUGGAUUAAUUAUGGUAGCUCAUGCUUCUGGUGGACCAAGAGCAGACAUAAUAGAAACACAGCCUGGUAGUCAAACCGGCUUUUUAGCGGAAGAAACAGAAGAAUAUGCGAAAAUAAUAGCAUAUAUCAUAAAUAUGCAUCCCGAGGAUAAAAAGACUAUUAGAUUAGCUGCAAGAGCAUCCGUUAAUCGAUUUUCUAAUGAAUUGUUUGAAAAGGAAGUUUUACGAGCUAUGGAACCAUUUUUUCGACAAAAACAGGAAUAAUAUUAAGGAUUUACAUUCCUUGUAUAUCAAAAAUACUAUCCAUCAAAUAUGUUAAUAUUUAAAUACUGCCAAUUAAUAUUGCAAAAAGUUCAUUUAUUACAUAAAUUGACAAAAAGGCAUAUAAUUGGUUGAUGUACAAUAAAUAUAUUCAAGGCAUAUAAAAGUUAAAGUAAGAAAAUGAUUUUAAAUAGAUUAUUAAAAUCUAGUAUGGAAAUAUUACUGCUAUGCGUGUAAAAAUAAUUCAAUUCUUACGAGAAUGAGCAGAUUCUAAUGUAAUAAUAAUUUUAUUUUAAAUAUUUUAACACGAAUUAAUAUCGUGUAUAAUAACA